UUAGUUGCUUCCUCCGCAGUUUUGUCUGCAGCUUCAUUUCCUAGCACUCCUGUGUGACCUUUGACCCAAUUAAUUUUCAAGUUAUGCUUUACUAUAAAUUGACCUUCAGGUAAACUUUACAGCGACUGCUGGUGCCUUCAAUGAGAUGACCUACCAGCGCAGAUGCUUGCCUAGCGCAGAUGACCAUUCCUCUACUAGAGGAGUUUCCAAGUAUCUGGCUGGAGGAGGCAAAUGUGCAGAGACAGUACGCCGUCUUUAAAGAUGUGCAGGUGGGUGUGAUAUCUCAUUGACAUUCAAGCCCCAAAUCAUAAUGCUGCCACCUCUGAAUGCACGAUGUUCGAUGAUAUCCUGGGCCUGUUACCAGUGGCUUGUUCUCUUCAGCCUCUAUAUGCUUAUCAUCUUAUUGCAGGGCAAAUCUGGACUUGCAUGAACUGGGCAUUGCAUGAACCUGACAGAGUCCAAAUGAGAUGUUGAGGACACCAGUUUAAUCUUGCUCGUCUGGACUGGAUGCUUAGUGGAACACCAAAUACUUAGUAUUUGAGUGCAUAGUUCACUUGGUACAUGAGUGCAUAGUUUGACUUCUUUGGAAUUGUUAUUCAAGAAAUUAAUGAAUGAUCAAUGCUGAAGAAAAUAUCUUUGAUUGUUUGUCGUACUUCAGUGCUUCCGACAACUGGCCAACACUCGCGAUAUCUCAUUCGUGUUCUUUCACCCAUAGUAUCAAGAAUAUCGUCAAAAAUUAUCUUACCAAAGUUAUAAAUACUUCGUAUUUAAAUCAACCUCUUCAAACCUUUCAGAGUGAUGACGUCUUCAAUGACUGGCGAAUUAACAUAUGUUUGGAUAGUGAAUGGAGAUGGCUGUAACAUAAGAUAUUCGCAUAUAUUGCCAGGUACAUUCGCAAUGAUUUUCAAACAUUCAAAUGUAUUCAAUUAUUUUUAGUUGUAGGUUACUAAAUUUUAUUCAAUUAUCGUUAAAAACUGGUUAAUGAAGUUUGUAAAUUCAAAAUUUAUUAAUUACGUUCAUUUAUUAAAUUCUUUUCUGCAUAAAUGAAUUUAUUAAUUACGUUCAUUUAUUAAAUUCUUUUCUGCAUAAAUGGCAUUGUUUGUUUUACAGAAUGCAUGAUUUUGAUGACAAUGGUAAAUUAGAUGGACUAGAAUUAGUAGCUGCUAUGACUCAUGCAAUGGAGCAUUCAGAUGACCACAAUUUGCCAUUCCAAGAAAAAGAAGCCAUUGUAGACAGUUUCUUCUCCUACGAUGACAAUAUGGAUGGUUUCAUAAGCUACCCAGAAUUGCGAAGGCAUCUUGCACCUUCUGAAGAACGCAAGCCCUAAGUGAACACUGAGGAA